AUGGCGUAUCGCCGAGACGCAUACGACGACAGCAGCUGUAAUCUCGAUUUUGAAUCCAAGAUCCAUCCUCUAUUCCCUACUCCCGCCGUACGCACACAAUUCGGUGCCCUUGGCACCUUAGUCCACGGCUCGCCGUCUACGGGCGGGAUCUGGUUACACAAGGAUUGUUAUGGCGUCGAGCUGGACUUUCUCAACGUCUCGCGAUUUGAGCCAGCAGCUACCGAGCGCGUCUCGGAUCCAGUCACGGAAGACGAGUUCUGCCAACGCCUAGAAUGGAUGGGCGGAAUAUUUUUCGCCAGUGAGCGUGCUUAUAUUGACCAGGUGCUGGAAAAUCUAGAUCGUAGUUCUGAUACAUGGUUUGAAGCGGCGAGAUGGUGGUAUGCGUGGCCUGGGGUUGUGCCCGAGGGUGGUGUGUGGGCGUUGCAAGUCCGGGCAGAUGGGAGAUGGGAGAUAGGUAUUUCGCGAAUCCGAAAUGCUUUCACAAUGGAGGAAAGAUGUCGAGCCAUUGAGAUGUCGGGAGGAAAGUUCUACGAGAAGUGGGAAGAUACUCCUCGGGAUGAAUCUCAUGAUGAGCUGUGA